AAUCCCAGAAUCAGUGGCCAGUGUUUUGAGAGCGCAUUGGAGCGCAUUGCCAGAUUUUCUCCUAAAAAUUUUUCCUCUUAUCUCGAUAACCUUGUUUUCACCUAAAAGGGAUACCUAUUCCGAUUAUACCAUCUGUUAACUAAUUUCACCUAAUAUAAUACACCAUUGCUGUUGAUUUGACGAUCACCACGUGAAAAUUAUGUUCCCCCAACGUUUCAUUGGCGCAUAAUCCAGGCUGAUUUAUUGUCAUUUUAGGAAUCGGAAUAACGAGAAACUACUCUAGGCUAAACAGGUUACAAAGAAAAAUCCAGAUCUCCAAUUUUUUAUUGCAAAAUAAUUCUCAAUACUAAAACCAACUGAGUUUUCAAGGAACAAUAUUGUUCUUAAAAAGAUCUCAGACAGAAGUGCAAUAAUGAACACUUCGGCAAAUACCAACAAUGGUGCCUGUGUUGUUUGCUACAAGAAUGUGGACAUCUACAGCAUUGGAAUGUGCGAGCAUCCAGUGUGCUACGAGUGCAGCACCCGAAUGCGGGUCUUGUGCAAACAAAACGAGUGCCCCAUAUGUCGUCAAGAUCUACCCAAAGUUGUCUUCACGAGGGAGAUCCAACCAUUCCGUCAUAUCCGCAGGAGUAGUCUCUUAGAUAGUCGUUAUAACAUCUAUUUCGAGAAUCUCGAGGUCCAGGAGAAAUUUACAAAGCUGUUGGCUCAUUCUUGCCCUAUCUGUGAGGACAGGCAGGUUUUUAGCAGUUUUUCCAGUCUCAAAGAGCACAUGAGGAGGAAACACGAGCUGCAUUACUGUGAUCUCUGUGUGGAAAAUUUGAAGAUAUUCUCUUGCGAACGUCGUUGUUACACUCGUGCUGAUCUCGCUCACCACCGUCGAAAGGGUGACACAGAUGACAAGAGCCACAAGGGCCAUCCACUCUGCGAAUUCUGUGAUCGUAGAUACAUGGACAAUGACGAGUUAUUCCGUCAUUUACGACGCGACCACUUAUACUGCCAUUUCUGUGACGCCGAUGGUCUUCAUCAGUACUACAGCUCCUACGACUAUCUUCGUGAUCACUUCCGCCAAGAACACUACCUCUGCGAGGAAGGAGCCUGUACCGACGAGAAAUUCACUCCAGUCUUUCGAACAGACAUAGAUUUAAAAGCCCAUAAGGCCUCUGUCCACGGUAAGCACUUGGGUAAGGCAGCAGCGAAGCAAGCAAGAACUCUCGAGUUAGAAUUCACAUUGGCACCACGUGGAGACCCCAGGAACUCUCGACGGGGCCCGCCGAUGGGUCCUAGUACGUCUCACAGAGACUACCCCCCAAGAAAUCGAGACUACGUGGACCAGAGAGACUUCCACGACCCUGAGCCACCCUUUCUCGAUCCCGAGGCAUCCUUCAUUCGUCAGCCAGAUGUCCAGAGUACCGAAGAGUUCCCCUCCCUAGGGAACACUCCUCUCCCUCCAAACCAUUUGCAAACGAAAUCAAAAGGCCGGGGAAACCUCACAAUCAGGAACUCCUUCGGCUCUCGGCCUCUUGCGGUGACUGAUGAGAACUUCCCAGCUCUGGGGCCAGAGUCCACCUCCAACAAUGUCUCCAAAACUGUCAACCUGAGUGUCUACUCCUCCAACCGAGCCCAGCCCUCCAGCUCCGCUGGUCCCAAGCGCCCCCAAAGUUCAGCUCCAAACGUGUCCAUCCAGGUGAAUCACAAAACCGAUGGAAGUAUAACCACCCGAGUGUCUGGACCCACCGUGAGAAUCAGGCCAUCCACCUUCAGCAGAGACUCUGACUUCCCAGCUCUAGGGCGUAACGAACCCACCAGCAGUUCUAAUUCCUCUCAGUGGACAAAGGUCACCUGUGUGAAGCCCUCGUCCUCAAGUUCCAAGAAAAAAGUCGCUCCAGCGCCCCUUCUAGAUCCACCACCAGCCUCACCCUCCCCAGUCUCCUGCGUCGAGGCCUUCCCUAGCCUUCCCAAGUCUUCGAAAGCGAAGAAGUCGUCAAUAUCAGUAGUAACGAACGACUCGUCCUCGUACGCCUCUACUUGGAACCGAUCCUCCGGUGUCAACGAUAGCGAGUCCAACUUGUCAGACGCCAACAAAGUUAAUACGAAAAAGAAAAAAAAGAAGAAAGUUAAACAGACAUCAAGUGGCAACAACUCCAGUGGUAACGAAUCAACAGCGUCAAAGUCCAAUGCUCAAAGUUCCCAAUCAGUACGGGAUAAACCGUCCGAAGCUGUCAAUAAUCGUUCAUCAGCGUUAAUCAGUGCUAGAAAUCCCCAAGAUCAGGAGAACGAAAAAUUAACGAAAAAGAGUGAUUCCUCUCCCGAGCCCUCAUCCAAUCCUAAUUCUCCCGAAAAUAAAGCAAAAACGUCGGCGAAUGGGAUAAGAAAGAGAUCGGAAUUGAAGAUAGACAAUUUAAACAAUACGAACAAUGUACGGAGGACAGUGGAGGAUUUCCCAGCGCUGGGUAAAACAUCAAAGACGAGAGCUGGAAACCCUCCCCCUGGAUUUAACAGAACUACUCCACCACCACCGGGCUUUGCGGUUAAACUCAACAGCACUGAACGACCGUGCACAGACAAUAGUUUAACAUUCACCAACAGCUCUGGAGAGAGUUUCUCCAUUCUACCCGAUAAUGUUCAUAAAUCUUAUAGCUAUGUCGCUCCCUUGGACUUUCCCAGGAGGAAUAAAAACUUAGUCGCGAAAAUUGGGGAGGUUCUCGACAGGAAAAAGGAAUCCAUGGAGGAAUUUCGAUAUUUCAGUGGACUCUUUAGACAGGGAAUACUCAGUGCUGAUCAUUAUUACAAGAGAUGCAACAGUGCAAUGGGUGCUAAUGCAUUUCGCGAUGUUUUUCCGGAAAUGCUUGUUCUACUGCCAGACAUUGGUAAACAAAGGGAACUCUUUGAUUUGCAUAAAAAGGAAGUGGCUAAUGUUAAGACACUAGAUGUAUGCAGCACUUGUGGGCAGGUUGUUAAAACUGGAAGUGAUUUCAAGGCACACGCGUCGAGUCAUACUUUGGACAGCCACUUCCCGAGUCUCGGGGAGGCCACCAGUGUCGUGGGUGGUAACACAUGGGUUAGGAGAGGUGCAUGAUGCAUUAUUGUUGAUUGUUGAAGCAUGAUUGACCACUGAAGCGAUAUGGCGUUAAAAUUGAACAAUUCUCUGGGCCUUGGGACAAAUGGCACAAUUUGCGGUAUAUAAGAAUAUGGGAUUAUUUCGAGUAAAUAGCGUGUCGGAUGGUUUUCCCCGUAUAAGUAGGAUAUUAUUUUUUUUAUAGUUUCUCCACUCAAACAAAUAAAGUUACCUAUCCGUCUCACUUUAUUAUUUAAUUUUUUAUUUCAUAAUUUUGUCACGGCUCUAAAUUCAUUACCAUUGCGUUCAAACUGCCAUUUUUUAAACAUGAAAACGGUGUUGCGUAUGAUGACAAUUCGAGUUAUAAAAACAAUGAAUUUUUCGUUGUAGUCGAGAGAUAUGAAUAAAUAAUUGCUUAAUGAAGAUGAA